CAACGUGCGUUACGCUUCGGCCGUGACUUCGCUCGUUCCCUCGCAACGUCCGGUCUAUCGCGGUAAAGGCGUCUCGUUGUUACGCGUGUCGACUCGAUAAAAAGCGUCUGGACCGGUGGAAGCUUCUCCAUUCUGCCGUCCCGCUCCACCAGGUUUAGAGGGAACAAUGUCGCUCCGGAUAUGGUGUAUCUGUGCGACGUUUUUCUACUACGUCACUUCGUCGUAUCUCCAGUCCUACGAGAAAGUCAGUGGAUCGCUUCGUGUUCUCCAGCCUUUUCACUGGACCACUCCGGACACCCCCGUGAAAACUUCCUCGAAGGACUGUGACGUCGCGCCGUACUCUGACAACGUCGGGGAUAGGGCGACGUGUACGUUCACGAGGAGCGUCGACAGAGACCCCGACAGGAUACCGUCGGAGAUACCGAACGUGAAGUGCAAGUGCUUGGACAGUCUGUGCAGCAAACUGGGGGACUACCGCUGUCUGGAGGUCAAGGAGACGCUGAUGGUAGCGUACCGGAAGCAGGAUUCGGCCAAGUUGGUCAACGGGACGGCGGAAGUGACGACGGCCUGCGUCUGCGUGAUGAGUCGGAGCGCUCUGGCGUCCGGUGGUGGCACUAGGACGGCAGAUGUAGAUAAGAAGCUCUGAGGAGCGAAAUGGUGCUGAGACGUUCUGCCUCGAUGACUGAACAGCUGAAAGUCUAAACAGAGUUUCACACAUGGCUCAUCAGGAGAGUCUGGAAAAUCUAUUCCGUGAAAUAAUGUUACCGCUGUCCAUUUUAUAGUUGUUAUAGAAUAUAUAUACUGUUUUGCGUAUAAAUAACGAGCACUCGUA